AUGUCUACUUUACUUCAUAAUGAAGAUGAAUUUUAUCAGGCUAGUAUAUCAUCUGAAACGGUUUUCAUAAACUUUAUUGAUACUGAUAAUCAUCCUAAUUCAAAAGAACAAAAUGAAUAUUUUGAAGAAUUAGCUGCUAAAAAUGAAUCAAACAUUGCUGUUUCCUUUUAUCGAAUUUAUUUUAAUAACGAGUUUACACCUGAUCACGCAGCAGGGACCUUUUACCAGAAUGGAGUAAUAGACAUUGAUGAUCAAGUAUUUAUUGCAGGAUUCACGUCGCAAGAAUUAGUUGCUUUCAUUAAUACCGAAGAUAAAGAUCAAGUUAGAAAAUGUUUCGAAGAAGAUUACAAAAAUAUGUUGGAUUUUGGUAAUCAGAUUGCUGCUAAGUCUAAAAAAGAUUGGGAGACAUUACGUACAUAUGAAUAA